UCUUGCGCUCGGACUGUCGGACAACUCCCUAUCUAGUAUCUACUCUUCUCCCUAUCUUCUUCUUCUUUACUCUCACUGCCUUUGUUAAACCCUAAAGAAAAACAAUCCAUUUCUCCUCGCACACUCCGCCUACGACGUCGUCCCGGAGCCACCUUUCUCAGAGGGAGCCAUGAACCCCUCUACUCUCGUGAACCCUCCUUCAGCUACUCCUCAACGGUCAGUUCUCUACUCCCCGUUCCUUAACCCUCUCCCCCUCCGUACCGCCGCGAGCUCCGGGAAAUUCACUCUCCAACGACACCGUUUCCGAGUGUCUGUCCCUCGCAACUCUUCCUCCUCCGACGGCGACCAACCUGUCCCCUCCACGUCGUCGCCUCCUCCCAAUGUUUUCGGAGAUAAAAGGGAGCUCACCGGUAUUCAGCCUCUGGUGGCCACCAUGUCGCCACCGGUGAGAUUGGUGAGCUCGGCUUUAUUUAUCGGAGCAGCAAUAGCUGCGGGAUACGGAUUGGGUUCUCGUUUCGGCAAGUCUCAGACUGUGGCGCUGGGUGGAGCUGCUGUACUUGGAGUGGCCGGUGGGGCCGCCGCAUAUGCCCUUAAGGCUUGUGCGCCGGAGGUCGCCGCUGCCGACUUGCACAACUACGUGGCCGGCCACGGCGAUCCUCGGGCUGUAAACAAGGAUGAUAUAGAAAGGAUCGCAAAAAAAUAUGGUGUUAGCAAGCAAGAUGAGGCAUUCAAUGCUGAGCUUUGUGAUAUAUAUUGCCGUUUCGUAUCUUCCGUACUCCCUCCAGGAGGGGAAGAACUCAAAGGCGACGAAGCUGAUACGAUAAUCAACUUUAAAAAAGCUUUGGGCAUGGAUGACCCAGAUGCAGCCGCCAUGCAUAUGGAGAUUGGUAGGCGAAUCUUUAGGCAAAGGCUUGAAACUGGAGAUCGUGAUGGGGACAUAGAGCAGCGCCGGGCAUUUCAGAAGCUCAUUUAUGUUUCAACUCUUGUGUUUGGAGAAGCAUCGGCUUUCCUUUUACCUUGGAAACGUGUUUUCAAGUUCACUGAUUCCCAGGUUGAGAUUGCCAUCCGUGAUAAUGCCCAGCGAUUGUACACUUCUAAGCUAAAAUCAGUGGGCCGAGAUAUUGAUGCGGAGUUUCUUGUUAGCCUUAGAGAAUCCCAACGUUCUUGUCGGCUUUCUGACGAGCUUGCCAUGGACUUAUUUAAGGGGCGUGCAAGAAAACUGGUCGAGGAAAAUAUUUCAUCAGCACUUAAUAAACUCAAGUCCAGGACAAGAUCAGCCAGGGGUAUCACUGAAGUUGUGGAAGAGAUUGACCAGAUACUUGCUUUUAAUAAUUUGCUUAUCUCAUUGAAGAACCAUCCAAAUGCAGAAAACUUUGCCCCUGGGGUUGGCCCAGUUUCUUUACUAGGUGGUGAGUAUGAUGGUGAUGGAAAGAUGGAUGACUUGAAGCUCCUUUACAGAGCAUAUGCUACAGAUUCUUUAUCGAAAGGUCGCUUGGAAGAAAAUAAGCUUGCUGCAUUACAUCAGUUGAGGAACAUAUUUGGUUUAGGCAAAAGGGAAGCAGAAGCCAUCACGCUAGAUGUAACCUCGAAGGUAUAUCGUAAGAGACUUGCACAGGCUGUUACUAGUGGUGAUUUAGAAAUGGCAGAUAGCAAAGCAGCGUUCCUUCAAAACCUCUGUGAUGAGUUGCACUUUGAUCCGCAAAAGGCUAGUGAGAUUCAUAAAGAAAUUUACCGGCAAAAACUUGAGCAAUGUGUUGCUGAUGGAGAACUGGAUGAGAAUGAUGUUUCUGCCUUGCUGAGGUUGCGUGUCAUGCUCUGUAUACCUCAGCAGACCGUUGAAGCAGCCCACUCAGAUAUCUGUGGCAGUUUGUUUGAAAAGGCCGUGAAGGAGGCAAUCGCAGCUGGUGUUGAUGGUUAUGAUGCUGAUGUGAAGAAAUCUGUGCAAAAGGCAGCACAUGGCUUAAAGCUGACAAGGGAAAUUGCCAUGUCUAUUGCUAGCAAGGCAGUCCGACAAAUUUUUGUCAACUACAUAAAACGAGCACGUGCUGCUGCCAACCGAACUGAGGCUGCAAAAGAACUCAAGAAGAUGAUAGCUUUCAACACUUUGGUUGUAACUGAAUUAGUGGCUGAUAUAAAAGGGGAGUCAUCUGACACCUCAUCUGAAGAACCUGUAAAGGAGGAGGCCAAAGAAGUUGAGGAAAAACAAGUUGAAGAGGAUGAGGAAUGGGAAUCACUUCAGACACUUAGGAAAAUAAGACCUGGCAAGGAGCUUUCUGCAAAGUUGGGGAAGCCAGGCCAGACAGAGAUAACUCUCAAAGAUGACCUUCCAGAAAGAGAGAGGACUGACCUAUACAAGACAUAUCUGCUCUUUUGUCUAACUGGUGAAGUGACCAAGAUUCCAUUUGGUGCUCAGAUCACUACAAAAAAGGAUGAUUCAGAGUUUGUUUUCCUAAGUCAGCUUGGUGGGAUCCUGGGUUUGAGUUCUAAGGAGACCGUGGAAGUACAUAGGAGCCUCGCGGAGCAGGCUUUUAGGCAACAAGCUGAGGUGAUUUUAGCUGACGGACAGUUGACAAAAACCAGAGUAGAGCAGCUUGAUGAGUUGCAGAAGCAAGUUGGCUUGCCUGCACAAUAUGCACAGAAGAUAAUAAAGAGUAUAACCACUACAAAAAUGGCAGCUGCCAUAGAAACAGCUGUUGGUCAGGGAAGGCUAACCAUAAAGCAAAUAAGAGAACUUAAGGAAGCAGGUGUUGAAUUAGAUAACAUGAUAUCUGAGAGUUUGCGAGAGAACCUCUUCAAAAAAACUGUGGAUGACAUUUUCUCAUCGGGGACUGGAGAGUUCAAUGACGAAGAAGUUUAUGAAAAAAUCCCAACAGAUCUCAGCAUUAAUGCCAAUAAGGCAAAGAGUGUUGUUAUUGAGCUUGCACGAAGUAGAUUAUCAAAUUCGUUGAUUCAGGCUGUGGCACUGCUAAGACAGAGAAAUCAACAAGGAGUGGUUUCCUCUCUUAAUGAUUUGUUGGCUUGUGACAAAGCUGUACCAUCGAAGCCACUGUCAUGGGAAGUGCCGGAGGAGCUGGCUGACUUGUAUGCUAUAUAUCUCAAGAGUGAGCCUGCACCAGAGAAACUGUCUCGUGUGCAAUAUCUCUUGGGGAUAGAUGACUCCACAGCAGCUGCUCUCCGGGAGAUGGGAGAUAGAACUAUUUCUGUCGCAGCAGAAGAAGAGAACUUUGUAUUUUGAGUAUGGUAAGAUGAUAGCAAAUUAGUUCCGUUAGGCACAUUGAAGAGCCAACAAGUUCCUGCCAGAUUUGCUCAUUUUUUGUGCUCUUUUUUCUUUUUUAUUUGACGAAGAGAAAAUAAUGAUGUGGUUGUAAUUUGUGAAGACAAA